UACAAGACUUACUGCUCGCAGUUAUCCAGUGCAAUUCCUAGACAGAGGAUACAGUGGUUAAAUUAUUCUGGCAGGUGAAGAGCGCCAACGGAGGAGUCAAGUUCUCCUUUUUCAGACUCAGGCGGGUCAACAGAAUCUUCUUUCUCGUAUUAUAUUGCCCGCUCGACCCGGUCCCACAUCCUUUUUCAUCCUUCAUCUCAACUCAUGGGCACCGACCGACGCUGAUCGAACGCACACUCUCUCCCCAAUCUGUCUCCGGAAAACGUCGCUGGGGUCCCAAGUGGUGGUGGUGGUGAAUCUCACCCCCGCCCGCACAAAAGUCAUUCACACGACCGGUUCACAAUGAGCCCCCCCAAUCUGUACAGCAAUCCAGAUCGCCAGACCUUGGACUUUGCCGACGAUAUCUCCGACGAUGGCCUAUACUAUUCCUCUUCCUCCUCCCGGAUGACCAAGCACACUCAUCCCCUCAUCCACUUUGUGCGCAACGAAUGGCAAACCAACCCGAAGUAUUCACAUCUCUCCCCUGCGUCGGAUCGGACCGAGGCACCGCGAUGGGUGCAAAUCGUUGGAUCGAUCGUCACUGCUCCGCGAUUUCGACGAUACGCUGUUGUAUAUUUUGGGUUGCUGCUUUCAUGCUGGAUAGGAUGGCAUUUUGUGCUGUCUCCACGAUUGGAGGAGCAAACGGCGCUCCUGAAGUCUCUAGACCCGCAUGAGAAGGGCUGGGUGGGCUGGUUUGGUAGCAAUUCUUUGCCUGAGUUGACGGAUGUGAUUCAGUUGGGGUCGUUGGACCCUAAGCUGUUACCGGCGGCGAAGACACCCCAAGCUGGCGAACCGAAUCACCGAAGAUUGGUUGUUGUGGGCGAUGUUCAUGGUUGUAAGAUGGAGUUGGAAAGAUUACUGGAAGAAGUAUCCUUUGAUAAAGACCACGACCAUCUGAUCUUCACCGGCGACCUGAUCAACAAAGGCCCCGAUAGCCCCGGUGUUGUCGACCUUGCUCGAAAAUACUCUGCUUCGUGUGUACGCGGCAACCACGAAGACCGAGUGCUUCUCCUGCGCCAUGAGAUGGACCCAUCCAACCCACUUACCAAUAAUUCCAGGAUCGAAACCGAUCCACUACUAAACCAAAAUCGCAAGGAGCGCGAGCUCGCGCGCCGGCUCACCGACGAGCAGGCAAAGUGGCUCGACGCUUGUCCUAUUAUUUUAAACGUUGGACAAAUCACAGGCAUGGGACAGGUCGUCGUCGUCCAUGCGGGUCUUAUACCCGGAGUUGAUCUGGAAAAGCAAGAUCCAUACAGUGUGAUGAACAUGCGCACCAUCGACUUGGACACGCAUGUUCCUAGCGCAUCGCACGAUGGCAUGAAAUGGAGCAAACUCUUUAAUAAACACCAAUCCCUUUUAUCCUCAACCCUUAAAGAUGGCGCAUCAGACGCUGGAUCAGGCGUGAUGAUGACUGUUCUCUACGGACACGACGCCAAAAACUCCCUCUCGCUGAAAACAUAUACCAAGGGCUUAGAUUCCGGCUGCGUCAAGGGCGGAAAGCUGACUGCUCUUGUUAUCCAGGACGGUGGACAGCAGAACAUUGUGCAGGUACAGUGCUCUGACCACAACAAAAAAUAAAGAGAAAAAGAGAAAAAGAUCUUUCUCAACCCCCUCCUUCCUUUUUCAGUCUCGGCCUUUUUUUUUUUUUUUUUUUUUU